UGCGAGUUUGCGACCCACUAAUCCCUAUUAGGGAUCAAAAAUCGCUUUUUUUCUCAAAUAAUUACAAAAUUUAGACAAAUCGUAGAAGGCUUCACAAUUGUCAAAAGUGAAAGCCUUGCCCUGAUUGGUCAAAUUUGAAUUUCCCGCGAUUAGCCACCAGGUGACGCUUCAGUUGAACCGCGAAGAGUUGGCUGUGGUGAAUCCCAGAGUUUAUCAAAAUUACGCGUAAUUAGUGUUUUAAACGCAAAUUCGUGAUGAUUUUGGGUAAAAAACGUCGCAAAUCGGUAAUCCACACUCCGGUUGUGAGCUGGUGCACUUUUUUUUAUGUGUUUAUGUAACAUAACCUCACAUUUAAUUAUUUUUUGCGUUGGUUUUUUUGACUCGAAAGUGAAUAAACGAGGUGAAAAGUGCGUCCGUGAUGGUUUAAGAAUCCGCGAAGACAGUUAUUUUCAAUAUUUGCUCAUAUCAGCCCAGCAAUGACCUCAUGCUCCGUUUCUACGCCUACUACAAGCAGGCGACUUUGGGGCCGUGCACGGGCCGACGUCCCGCCUUCUACGACGUGGUGGGUCGUGCGAAAUACGACGCUUGGAAGUGUCUGGGUGACAUGCCCAAGGCGAUGGCAAUGUCGAAAUACGUCGAUGAAUUGCACACAAUUGUCGAAACGAUGAGUUAUUCGGAUAAGGUGGCGAAUUUCUUGGAGGCCCCCACCGACGAGAUCGAGUGUGUCAAUAUGAUAAUGGACGAUUUGGAGUUGGUGGCGGGGGACGUGUUGGAGAAGGUGCGUUCGCAGCCGAACUCGCCGUUGGCCUCGAGAGAGGCCUCGCCGAUUAGGAUGUUCAGGAGUCGGGAUGUGUCGCCGGUGUCGGCCCCCGAGGAGUCGGAUCAUAGCGAUGAUGAGUAUAUAGACACCAUUGAGUUUCCAGAAUCGAAAAAAGUCAAUUCCGAGCAAAUGUCAAAUGGAUACAUUCCGAAAGAGCACGUUUCACGUUCAAGAACGAAAUCACAAACCAGUGUAGAUAUAUCUCAGGAAGUGUCUAAGGCUGUGCAGAGUCUGAAGGCUGAUGUUGAAAGGCUCACCAGUAAAAUAAAUACAUUAGAAAGGUCAAAUGUUGUUAGUAAACAUCGAUCAACGCGAUUGUCAUUAGAAGCCAUCGUGUUUAUAAUAGCUUGGCCAUUCGUGGCCUCUUUUAUUCUGAAUAGGUACGUUUACAACAGGAAGUAAAAAAAGUGGUGUUUUUCAGUCUAUUAGGUUCAAGUACGGAAAUUGGCCUUUAUUUUAUUGUUAUUUUUUUUGUUUUUCAUGUUAUGUAAAGUGUAGACUUUUAUAUGGUUUGGAAAAAUAAAGUUUAGUCCAACUGA